AUGAGGAGCGUGCAACGCGAACUGUCCUCGCCAUCGCAGUGCUCGUACGAUUACGAGAGCGAGUUCGGAUUAGACAAGGUCAUCCGGUCAGGAUCAACGAGUGGCGGUUCCAUUUCUCAGCGUAGCACUAUCGACAAUGGCGUUGGCGAUGUGUACGAAGAUCUCUUCCUUCUCCAGGAAAUUGCGUUCGACUCACCCGAGAUAGAAAACCGCUUGUUAGGCGUGAUCACCCAUGUGAAGCAUUGCAACUCCUAUAGUUUUCCAGGGUGGUUCUUUCAAUUUUUCGUGGCAUCAUUCCACUAUCUGCUGAUUGCCGGAUUCGUCCUCCUGAUCGGCGUGAUUGCCGGAAUAUUCAUGUCUUCCCCUACUGGGAUAAUCGGCAGCUUUGUAUGGCACUCCAGUACAAAGGCGGCAUCUGCUUCCCAAUCAAAGUUGUUCGUUUACCACAAUCCUGGGACUCAAUCUUUGUCAGUUGAGGGGACGCUCUAUCUAUCGCAUCAUUUUAUGAACCCGGCGCCAUUCACAGCAACGCUUUCUUCACUGCUCUCCGUGCUCUACCUGCCGCAAGACUUCCCGCUCAUCGAACAGGUUGAUUAUUGCCGUAACGAAACCGAGUGGACCAAAAAAGGCAAUGCCGGCGCCAAGUGGCUCAAGUUCCCUAAUUCAAGGAUUUUUCAGGAAUCGAGCGUCGCGCAAAGUCCGCGCACCUUUACGGGGCAACCGGUUUCGGACGUCAAUGGCACCCCUCCUGCCGAGGGUGAGGCUGUCGGUGCCGUUGACGAGGGCAACCUUAUAACGGUUCACAGCGUAAAACAGGUUUGGCGAGGGUACUGGGGCAGUGACAUCCAAGUUGCGGAGAGCUCGAUGUUUGAUCUGUUUACUUCGUACCUGAUGCUCGGCAACCGGCUGCAUAUGGUUGCCAACGUGCACUGGGGACUUAACGAAGUUCGCUACAUGAUCAGUGUCAAGCAGAUGAUAACUAGGAACGCUGAGAACUCUGAGCUAUACGACGCGCUGCUUACAGACUGCCGUAGAGGCGCGGUUCUGUUGCAGAUCGCGUCGGCUAACCAACGUUUCGAGACCAUGUUCUUUAGCAGUGAUAAGCCGCCGCACAAGUUCAUCCCCGUGAGCGUGGGCUGCCAAAUGCCAGUGCCGGGUACUGCAGGCCAUGAUCUUCGUGCUGCGUGGCGCGAUCAGCACGACGAUUUUGCGACUCAUUACAACAUUUUGUUCAACAUGGACGCCGUUGCGGAUGCAUGGUAUCCCUUACGCCCUUUAAGGACAUCCGCCAACACCGCCUAG